GCGCCUUGCAUUAUGCAGUCUUCAUUGACAACAAAAUAGUAAGUUUGAGUGAAAUCCAAAAUCAAGAGGAGAAAUGAGAAUCGUCCCAGGUUCUGCGGAUAAUCGAGAUGCCGAAUCACUGUUCCGUUCCAACCCAAUAUCCGAAAUCCGCAAUGUCGAAGCCUUCACCAACAAGCAGAUCGAAGACAAGAAGGAGGAGCUCCGGCAGCUUGUUGGAACCCGCUACCGUGACCUCAUCGAUUCGGCUGACUCCAUCCUCCAAAUGAAAUCAGCUUCCGAAUCUAUUUCCUCCAAUAUCUCAUCCAUCCAUCUCUCUAUCCGCUCCCUCUCCGUCUCCGCGUUGGAACCGCCGUCCCCUAAGCUCCAAACCCCGCCUAACACCACUACCACUCGCAUCCGCAUCUAUGGGAUCGCCUGCCGCGUCAAGUACCUGGUAGACACGCCGGAGAACAUCUGGGGCUGUCUCGACGAGUCCAUGUUCUUGGAAGCGGCCGCCAGGUAUAUUCGUGCCAAGCACGUCCAUUCCAACCUGAUGCUUCCGGAUGGUGAUUUGGAUCACAACAACAUCUUGUCCAAUUUCCCCCUUCUUCAGCACCAGUGGCAGAUUGUUGAAAGCUUCAAGGCUCAGAUCUCCCAGAGGAGUCGUGAGAGGUUGUUGGAUCGUGGCCUGCCCGUCGUUUCGUAUGCGGAUGCCUUGGCUGCCGUUGCCGUCAUUGAUGAUCUGGAUCCGCCUCAGGUUUUGGGCUUGUUCCUUGAAGCCAGAAAAACUUGGAUAUUGCACACAUUGAGUGCUUUUGCUGGUAAUGCUGAUGCUACCUCUUCUGUUUCCAUUUCGGUUUUUUGUGAUGUUUUAAGCAUAAUUCAGGUGACCGUAGCUCAGGUAGGGGAGUUGUUUUUGCACGUUAUGAAUGACAUGCCUCUAUUUUAUAAGAUUCUUUUGGGUUCUCCCCCUGCUUCUCAGUUGUUCGGUGGGAUUCCAAAUCCUGCUGAGGAGAUCAGGUUGUGGAAAUCUUUCAGAGAUAAAUUAGAGUCUGUAACUGUUGUGCUUCAUAAAACUUUCAUUUCUAGCACUUGUUGGAGUUGGUUGAGGGAUUGUGGAGCACAUAUCACCAGUAAGAUUAAUGGGAGGUACCUCAUUGAUGCCAUACCUAGUGGCCAAGAGCUUAGAACUGCUGAACAAUUGAUAAGGCUGACAAUGGAAAGCAAGGAGGUUUUGCAGGGGAGUUUGGAAUGGCUUAAAACUGUAUUUGGGUCUGACAUCGAGUUGCCUUGGAAUAGCAUCCGAGAACUUGUUCUGGAAGGUGAUUCCGAUCUUUGGGAUGAGAUAUUUGAAGAUGCUUUUGUCAGGAGGAUGAAAAUGAUUAUUGACUCAGGGUUUGAGGAUCUGACCAGAGAUGUCAAUGUGUCAGAUUCAAUCCACACUAUUGCGCCAACUGCUGGUGAGAAGAUUGAUUAUGAGACAUAUUUGACCAGGCCUUCUGCAGGUGGUGGGGUUUGGUUUACAGAAUCCAAUAGCUGUAAGAAGCUUGGUCACCUUUUGGGAAGUAGAGCACUGCGUGAGGAAGAUAAUCUCCAAAGUUGUCUCAAUGCCUAUCUUGGUCCUGAAGUUAGCCGAAUUAGAGAUCAAGUGGACAACCGCUGCAAAAGCGUUCUUGAGGAUCUAUUGAGUUUCCUAGAAUCUUCCAAGGUAUCUGUGAGGUUGACGGAUCUAGUUCCCUAUCUGCAGAACAAAUGUUACGAAAGUGUGUCAUCUAUAUUGAAAGAACUCAAAACUGAGCUUGAUAUUUUGUACACUGCCAUUGGAAGUGAACACAAGGAAGGCGAUUCAAUGCGUCCUCCUAUAAUUGUUGAGAGAUCUCUAUAUGUUGGGAGACUCUUGUUUGCAUUUGAGAACCACUCCAAACAUAUUCCUGUGAUUCUUGGCUCUCCACGGUUCUGGGUGAAAUACAUAUCUCCCGCAACUUUUGAGAAGCAACCUUCCUUAUUGUGGAAAUCUAAAUAUGUCAACAGUUAUCCUUUCUUUGACAGCCUUGGAAGGCAGAUACUUUCUAGUUCUCAGAGGCAAAGUUCGUAUGCUACUGCUGCAUUGCUUGGAGCAAAUGAAAGUUCAAGCCCAAAACUGGAGGAUCUUUGUAAGAUUAUGGGAGAGCUGCGUAUUAGAGCUUAUAGCUUAUGGAUAUCAUGGCUAUCUGAUGAGCUUUCAGUUAUUCUCUCCUGGGAGCUUGGAAAAGAUGACGGGUUGUCUGCAACAAUUCCCUUAAGGGGUUGGGAAGAGAUAGUUGUUAAGCAAGAGUUUGAUGAGGGGGCAUCAGAGAUGAAAAUAUCACUCCCCUCUAUGCCUUCUCUCUAUGUGAUCUCCUUCUUAUGUCAAGCAUGUGAAGAAAUUCAUAGUAUUGGAGGCCAUGUUCUCGACAAAUCAAUUGUGCAAAGGUUUGCAUUAAGCCUUAUAGAAAAGGUCAUUUCGAUUUAUGAGAACUUUCUCUCUACUAGAGAAGCCUCUGGAGCUCAACUGUCGGAAAAAGGAAUUUUGCAGGUCUUGUUGGACAUAAGGUUUGCUGCUGAUGUUCUUUCUGGGGGUGAUUUCAAUGUAAAUGAAGAGUUAUCUAGAAAACUGAAGUCUAAAUCAUCAUUCAGAAGGAAGCAGGACCAAAUUCAGGUUAAGUCUGCUGUUAGAGACAAUGUUGAUGGGCUGAUCUUUUCUCUUUCGCAAAAGUUGGAUCCUAUUGAUUGGUUGACGUAUGAGCCAUACUUAUGGGAGAAUGAGAGGCAGUCGUACCUCCGGCAUGCUGUGCUCUUUGGAUUCUUUGUUCAACUUAAUCGGAUGUAUACAGAUACUGUACAGAAACUCCCUACUAAUUCUGAAUCGAAUAUCUUGAGAUGUUGUGUGGUUCCUCGUUUCAAAUACCUUCCAAUCAGUGCUCCAGCACUGUCUUCUAGAGGGAAUAAUGGGAAACCUAAUACGGCCAAUGAUAUUACUUCAAGUUCCUGGAAAGCUUACACGAAUGGAGAGCUUUCCCAUAAAGGUGAUUUGGAUGAUCACCAGAGUUUUGGUGUUGCAACGCCAUUCUUAAAAUCUUUCAUGCAGGUUGGCAGCAGAUUCGGAGAGAGCACAUUAAAACUGGGAUCCAUGUUAACGGACGGACAAGUGGGCAUAUUCAAGGAUCGAUCUGCAGCUGCAAUGUCAACCUUUGGUGACAUUUUGCCCGUACAAGCUGCCGGACUUCUUUCGUCCUUUACAACCACCAGAUCAGAUUAUUGAUCUUUUCUGGAAAUUUCCGACCUCGACGUUAUAUGGAGGGUAGGGCCGUUUGAAAGAUCCGACCUUGACGAUACCGAGUGAUAUAUUUUGAAUUUGAAAGUUGAAUCCCAAAGAGUGUAAAUGCUCGGUUUUCAUAUUACUUGCAGAAACCGGCACAGUUGUUUUAUUAACCAUCGUAAUGCAAGUUGUAAACAAAAGAAACUAGAGUUUUCUAUGUCAAAGAAGAGCUUAA